GGCAGGGGUGGGGGCCAGUUUGGUGACACACGCUCUCGCUAGCUGGCUGGCUUGCUCGCUCCUGGGGACAUAGAGGUCGUCAGCACACACAGAGGCCGCACGGGCAGUCCCUGCAGCCCGGGGUGCGGACGCCCCUUGCCUGCCGCAGGCGCUCUGCUGCUGCACCCGAGGCCUCCGCUCGCGGUCCCCGCAGCUGCCCGCAUUUCUGACUCGGUCUCCCUGGCUCGGAGCUGUCCUCCCCCAACCCCGCCGCAGGCAGCGGCCUUCAGCAGGACCGUCAUGAGGAGGCUGAUCGCUGCGCUGGUGCUGGUGGCUGCAGCCUGGGCUGAGGAGCAGGAAAAGGUGGUGCAGGGCGGCCCGUGCGAGGAGACGUCCCACCCCUACCAGGCUGCCCUCUACACCUCGGGCCACUUGCUCUGCGGCGGGGUCCUCAUCCACCCACUGUGGGUGCUCACAGCUGCCCACUGCAAAAAACCGAACCUUCAAGUCUACCUGGGAAAGCACAACCUUCAGCAGAGAGAGAGUUCCCAGGAGCAGAGCUCUGUUGUCCGGGCUGUGACCCACCCCGGCUAUGAUGCGGCCACCCAUGACCAGGACAUCAUGCUGCUCCGCCUGGCACACCGGGCCAAGCUCUCUGAACACAUUCAGCCCAUUCUCCUGGAGAAGGACUGCUCGGCCAACCACACCAGCUGCCACAUCCUGGGCUGGGGCAAGACGGCAGACGGUGAUUUCCCUGACACCAUCCAGUGUGCAUACAUCCACCUGGUGCCCCGUGAGGAGUGUGAGCGUGCCUACCCCGGCCAGAUCACCCAAAACAUGGUGUGCGCUGGGGACGAGAAGCACGGGAAGGAUUCCUGCCAGGGUGACUCCGGGGGUCCGCUGGUAUGCGGAGACCGCCUCCGAGGCCUUGUAUCCUGGGGCAACAUCCCCUGUGGUUCAAAGGAGAAGCCAGGAGUCUACACCAACGUCUGUAGAUACAACAAUUGGAUCCGAAAAAUCAUCCAGGCCAACUGACCCUGACUUGUGACAUCUGACUUUUGGCCUACGACCCCACUGGCUGGCUCCAGAACAUUCCCACCAAGACCUUGCCUUCCCUCCCCACCUGCCCAGAUCUGACCCUGAUGCUGAAUAAAGGCAGUGACACAAGAGCACGAAUGCUCCCUGAUUUCGCCCCAGCCCCAUCCUUGCAGGGCUGGGGUGAGCGAGGACAUAGGCCAAGCUCUUCCCCCACCACUAAGAGAACACAGGAAAAUCCCUUCUAAGCAUCUCCCCUCCCUGAUUGUUCCAAGGGUUUGCUUUCUUCCUACAGAGGAGUGGCCACAAGUCUGGAACUCCAGCUCUGCCCCUUGCUAUCCUUAGGAAGUGCCUUUAGGAAGUACCUCCCUUCACCGCAUAGAUUUUCUUAUCUAUAAAAUUAGGAUAAGGAUAAUAUUAUUCUUCGUAAGGCGGUGGCUGUUGGGAAGAUUCCAAUUUUCGAACGUGUGAAAUAUGUAGAACAGUGCCUGGCCCACCAGGUGCUCAAUAAAGAGUGAAUUUUAUUAUGA